AUGAACGGAAUCAAGAUAGGUCGGUGGUUUAUUAUGUUUUGUAAAAAUGAUGAAAAGGAAUUUAAAUAAAUGUAAAUAUAAUAUAAGUAUUAAUGGGGAAUUAAUAAUCCUUUAUAUAGUGGAGGCGGAUUAUAUGAUUAAGAAGGAAAUUAGAAAAAGAUUGGAAAGUGGGUAGAAUUGGAUGACGAGUUUGGAUAUUAUAAAUACAUAAAUUACAGUGGUUAAUAUAAUAUGAAGGGCAUGAAGAUAGGCAGAUGGGAUAUUAUGUAUCGUAAAUAUAACGAGAAAGAAGAUUAAUAAAUGUAAAUAUAAUAUAAGUAUAAAUGUGGAAUUAAUAAUCCUUUUCAUAGAGGUGGUGGAUCAUAUGAUUAAGAAGGAAAUUAGAAGAAGAUUGGAAAGUGGGUCGAAUUGGAUGAAUAAUUUCUUAAUUUUAAAUAAGUCACUUAUAAUGGUGAAUAUAAUCUGAAUGGUAUGAGGGUAGGUAAAUGGGAUAUUAUGUAUUGUAUGAAAGAUGAGUAGGAAUAUAAAUAAAUGUAAGUAUUAUCUCAGUAUAAAGGGGAAUAUACAUAAAAAUAUAUGUAGUGGAAGCGGAUUUUAUGAUAAUGAAGGAAAUUAGAAAAAGAUUGGAAAAUGGAUAGAGUUAGAUCAAAGUUUCGUAUGGAAUAAUGUUAUCACUUAAAUUGGUGAAUAUAAUAUGAAAGGUUAAAAAGAAGGUAUUUGGGUUGAAAUGGGCAUCGAGAAUCAAAAUAAAGGAGAAACUUAUUACUAAAAUUGA